ACGGUGCAGCAGCUCCGGCAGCCGCGCGCACAGCCGGUAAAACAGCCGGUCCAGAUCCUCAACCAGCCGGUGACGAGAGGGUAACCACAGGGUAACCAGAGGGUAAAAGCAGCCGGUAAACGGACCGUCACACGGUGAAGAUGAGGCUGAUGAUGAAGAUGACAGUCGCUCCGCUCGGCGGUCAUGUGCCUUUCGGUGGAGGAUGGCCCAUUAGCAUUAAGCUCUCUUCCGUCAGUCAGGAGGUGUGAGAAAAGCAGAGGAUCAUGGGAGAUGGAGGCCCUCUGCAGACAGAGGGGAACGCCCUCCUCAAAGCUGUCUUCCAGGGGAAGCUGAGGCUGACCCGCCUGCUGUUGGAGGGUGGAGCUUACAUCAAUGAGGGUAAUGAGCGCGGGGAAACACCCAUCUCUGCCGCAUGCAUCGCCUCCUAUGACGAGUCUCAGACCCGUCAGAGGAUGGUGCGCUACCUGCUGGAGAAGGGUGCCGAUCCGAAUAUACCGGACAAAAGUGGGCGCACGGCGCUGAUGCAUGCCUGCGCAGAACGGGCAGGGAAGGAGGUGGUAUCACUGCUCCUAGAGAAUGGAGCUGACCCCAGUCUCAAAGACUACAACGGCUCCUCUGCACUUGUACACGCCAUCAACCGGGGAGACCGUGACACCCUGCAGGUGCUGCUGGAUGCCUGCAAGGCUAAAGGUAAAGAGGUGAUCAUCAUCACCACUGACACAUCACCAUCCGGCACCAAGAAGACCAAGCAGUACCUAAACUCUCCACCAUCACCAGGCAUCGUUGACAAGCUGACGCCCGCCUGCAUGUCUCCAUCCGAGGUAGAGAUUGGCACUUCAUCUCCGGCAGACCAAAACAAGAAUGAAGAGGGAAUCUUCAGCUUUGCGCUUACGUCGGCCCUGCCACUGCCAUCGGCCAGGCCACCAGGAGAGAAGAGGCUACCGCCCCCCCGUAAGCUGCUGAAGAGGCUGAACUCAGAGCCCUGGGGCCUGGUGGCUCCAUCGGUGGCUGCAUCAGUGGCUGCGUCAGUGGCUCUGCCGACAAACACUGUCCCUCAACGUCCUGACCAAAACCUGGAGGAGGAGGAGGGUGACCUGAGCCGGACCAUCACCGAGAUUAAUGGGAUGUCCAUCUCUGAGCCUGCCAGACCUCUGUUGUCACGACGACACAGCAUUGAGACCCACGACCCCAAACUGAUCGACCGAUCCUGCUCUGAGGACUGCAACACCCUCAGCGGCUCCUGGGCCGAAAAGGUCCAGCAGCACCAGAUCCUGUAUCGCAGAAACACGGCCCCUGAGACCCAGGAAAAUGCAGCAGGCCCUGGUCUUGGUCCAGCAGCUCGGGCCCUGGCUCACCCCAAACUGACUCGGAUGGAGCACUACGAGUCGGACACCCACCUCUGCCCUGAGUCGAUUCCGGGCUCCCCAGAUUCGGGCCGGGUGUCAGUGGAGCGGCGCCGGUUCAAUGCUUCGCCCCUGUCCCUGGUCACCAGCUCUUCCCGGGAGUCUCUUGAGAACAUCCCCAACUCCGUGUCCCCCCUCACAGUGCGGCGGCGGCCCCCAGGGCUCCUGGAGCGCAGAGGAUCUGGGACGCUCCUCCUGGACCACAUCUCCCACACUCGGCCAGGGUUCCUGCCCCCCCUCAACAUUAACCCGCAGAGACCCAUCCCUGACAUCCGGGCCAAUGGGAAGCCCACGUCUCCAGUUCACUCCCACAAGAUCCUGGUCCCGGUGGCCCCAGCUUCACCCAAACGGGGUCCAGAUUUUAAGAUGAAGAAGAAACUGAUGAGGAGGCACUCGAUGCAGACGGAGCAGAUGAAGCAGCUCUCCACCUUCCAGGAGAUUCUGAACGAGAAGGUCAUCGAGUCCAACGGGGACUGAGGACCAGGAGGGAACAGGGCAUGAUGGGUAAAACUGGGGGAGGGGCACCAAAGGCACUUAUCUCCAGGUGUUAAGUAUUCUACUGACUAUAUUCACAUGGCAGCCAUUUGUCAGUAAAGUAAGAAUGAAGAGAUGGUCUUGAACAUGGAGUUGGUUCUGUCAGUGUCAUUUGAUCAAACUGAUCAAAUGGAGGAUAAAAAAUACUGGAAAUACAGGAAGUCAUUGUUACAAUAGAAGAGUUUUCAUGGGUCAAGUGAGGUGGGAUUCCAUCUUGAUCAUAUCGUCCAUGUGUUUAACUAUUGACUGAAGAAAAUGAAAGAUUUAAACAAUUUGACAUUUAGUUUCACUGUUUCUUCAUUAAACCCUUCAAAUAACCAGUUCAGUUGCUGUGAGCACAGAUUGGCUGAUUAUUUACUGACUGUUUUUCUAUUAACACUUCUUACUGGCAGAAACUUUUAUUGCAGAGGUUUGUUGACAGAAUCUGACAUCUGCUGUGUAAUACUCUGAAAAGGAAAAAGCCUGGAGAGCAAACACAAAGUUUUUAAAUGAAGAUUAAUAUCAACAUUAGGUUUGUUGAAGCAUUUACAUGACAAAACUAUCCAUUAGUUUAUACCAACAUUAUAAAGUAACUGACAUAUGGUUUAAGGGCAUAUUUUUGAUGCUGAUCAAGAGAUUUAUUUAUUCAUUUUUUCAGUGUAGUCAUUCACUUAAUUAUUCAUUUAAGCCAAGUGAUUGGUGUUAAUAUUAUCUAGCUAUCAUAAUCAGCAAAAGGUAGCACUGAUAGUAUGUUUUAAACUAGAAAUACUGAGUUAAAAUGACAGCUCAAAGGUUUAAAAUCAUUCUCAUCUAGAUUUAUUUUACAACUGGUUUGAUGGUUGAUCCUGCAUUUAUCAACCAGUUACUUUAACUUAGAUGUUAAGUUCAACUCUUCUCUGGUUUACAAUGAAAUGAAAGAGUCUUAAUUUCAGACACACGCAAGGUGUUUUUAGUAUUAACGAACGCCUGGGGGUGAUAUCUGCUGAAAAACGUUAUCAACUUUUUCAUGCUUCAAACAAUUGUUAUUUUUGCCAUUAGAAAUUCACAGCUGCUCAACUUCUGCUUAACCUGCCUGCCUCUAGUCACUCUAUACAAACUUUUAUCCAAUUUGUAACCUCUUAACCCUUAAUAGGGCACUCAUAGAAAUACCCUGAAAUUAAAAAUUUCAACCUUGGUGUGCUAUUGGAGGACCUAACAAGACUUUAUUACUUUUGUGAAAUUUUUCACAUUUUUUUAUUAUGUAGAAAAUCAAGGUCAAUAAAAUUACCAUAUGUGGUUCCUUACUCGUAUGUGACCUCCCAAAAAAUCCAAGUAAAUAUAAAAAAUACAAGAAAAACAUAUGUAAGGUGAAAGGAACAUGUAUUUUAGAACUGUUGCUGUCACUGUCUUAUAAAGUUUGCAGAAAUUACCAAAAAUAAUCACUUGCCUGAUAAAAGGUUAAUUAUAAGUUUGCUUCAGAGCUACUGGAUAUUUUAUGGAAAAAGUGUCUCCAAGAAAUUGAUAGUUAAACUGUGUGACAUUAGUUACUUUUUAAAGUUUUCACAGGCUUGUGAAUUGAUUUGUUAUUAGUGGUGCUAAUGUUGAAGCCUGGUUUUACCUUCAACACAAUGGAUGUAAUAUGUAGUCCAGUCUUUGUUUGCUUUAUAAGGUUCUACAAACCAAUACUGACGUCAGAGAAUGGCUGCCAUGUGAAUACAGUCAAGUGUUAAUUGAAAGUUAGUAAUAAACUAACAACUAAAGUUUUCAGCUUGAAACUAAUUCUGCUGAAACUUAGAUCCCAUUAUGGUUCAACAGGUCAUCAUUAAUUGGCUAAUAUUUAGUUAAACAUCUUUAAACCAAACAUUUAAAGACUUCGGGGUAUUUAAUAUUUGAAUUGAAAGAUCAUCCGAUGAAGAACUUGAAAAAUAACCAUAAUCUGUAGCUCAAAAUAAUGCUUUCAUUCACAAUGUUUACUCUUGAAACACAUGUUGAACCUCCUGAAGAUGCUUCUGAGUCAGAUUUUAGCAUUUUGGUACCUCGCCUCCCGUUUCAUUUCAUCUUAGUGCUCUGAAUUCUCUGUUCAAUGGAAAACAUGAAUCAUAUAGAAGAACCGGGAUGUGUUGAUGUUUACAGAUGCACAAUUUGCACCGAGGUCUCGUCAUGUGACUGAUGAUAAACUUUUAAGUGAUAAACUGAACUCUGCGCUGUACGCUCUGUAAUUAUCUUUAGUCCACAUUAUAGUUGGUAUUUCAGUGUCAAAGAUCCAAAACAAACUAUUUCUCCUGGACGGAUGCUCCAGACUCUGUUUCUGUACUUUAAUCACUUGGAGGUGUUUUUAUGAUCCGUUCGUGUCCAAACAAGUUCAAUGACAACGUGUUUGUGGUUUCAUACAAAUCCAAAGAAGAAGAUGAAGAAGGAGUAGAGGCUGGAGCCAAAACCUGCUGCUGAGACUUGAAACCCUGCAAAGAUCUGGAGCCUCCACCAGGGGGCACUGGCAGUUAAAGACAUGUCUGAUGCCUACAAUGACCUCUUUCUACAGACUCUGAAUCACAGCAAAAUGAUUUACACAAAAGAUGGACUGCUACUUUAAAACAAAACCAAACUUAGUUCACAAAAGAAAAUAUAUUAGACACAUGUUCUCAUAAUUAUGGCCUGAGCUGCGACCAGCAUGAAGGUCUGGUUCAAACUGUGGAUUCUACUCACAAACGAAUUUCACUUUGAGGAGCAGAAAAUAGUAUGAAAUUCUCAAAAUUUUGUACAUGUGUCAGAAAAAAACAUACUUUAUGGUCCUUGGUCAUGGAUCUGCUAAAAAAAAGGCUCAGCAGCUCCCCCAUACACAAUUUACAAGAAUUUUUGUUCCAUUUUUUAUUAUGUCUUGUCAUUGAUUUUUCAAGUCUAAUUUUAGAGAAAUAUUAUAAGAUAUAGAACACAUCAUGAUUUGCAUAAAAUUUGAGUGAAACAAUGUAGUUUUGAAAUUAAGUAAAAAUAGUGUAUAUGAAUUUACAUUUAUCCCAGACUCGUCAAACGUUGUUCUUCAGGGGUUAAAUGUUUAAAGAAUAAUCAACGCCUUCUUGAAAACAAAAUCACAACAUAUACAAUCCAUAUAUUGCUUUUUCAUAGCAGCCAUUUUGGUUUGCGAAAGCACUCAAUGCACUGACAUUACUAGCAACAUUAACAAUGGCCCUGUUCCAUUUAGUUUUCUCAGGAGGUCCUUAUAGUGUAACAUGCACAAUUCAACAGGCCUUAAACUGAUGCAGCUAAAUGGGAUGCAGCCAUUAUUAACCGACCUGUUCCUCCUGUGUGUAUUUUCUGUCUUUUGGUCAAAAUGUUUGAUGUAAAAAA